CACGGUGUGUAAACAGUUACACGGAACAGAGCUGGGAAGACGAGCUCUUGCACGUAUCUCCUCGAUUAAUUUAAUAACUGUGAAUGGGAAAGCUUGAACGUCAGUCCCGUCACUGACUCUGUAGUUUAUAAGGGUAACGUCCGGAAGAAACGCCAGUGUGUGGUUGUUUCAUUGUAGGGGGGACGGAGGCAGCUAACCACCGCUUGUCGGGCGACGAUGGCAGCGGCGACCGUUGUGGAGGCUGAUCCGGCGGGGAGCGAAGGCGGCGCCGCGUUCACCGGCGUCCAGAGCUGGAGCUGGGAUGAGUCCCAGCUCCGCAAAUACUCUUUCCCAACCAGGACUAUCCCCAGACUUUCUCACACAGACCCCCGAGCGGAGAUGCUUAUAAACAACGAGGAGCCGGUGGUGUUAACAGACACAAACCUCGUGUAUCCAGCUCUCAAAUGGGACAUUGCGUACCUGCAGGAGAACAUUGGAAAUGGGGACUUCUCUGUUUACACCGCACAAAACCACAAAUUCCUCUACUACGACGAGAAAAAAAUGGCAAAUUUUGAGAACUUUGUCCCCAAGUCGCAACGGACGGAAAUGAAAUUCACUGAAUUUGUGGAAAAAAUGCAUUUAACAGAGCAAAUGGGAGGAGAGGAGAGGGUAUAUCUGCAGCAGACCCUGAAUGACACAGUAGGGAAGAAGAUUGUCGUCGACUUCCUUGGUUUCAACUGGAACUGGAUCAACAAGCAGCAAGCCAAGAGAAACUGGGGACAGCUGACAUCCAACCUGCUGCUCAUAGGCAUGGAGGGCAAUGUGACACCAGCACAUUACGACGAGCAGCAGAACUUCUUUGCACAGAUCAAAGGCCUCAAGAGAUGCAUCCUCUUCCCUCCAGACCAGUUUGAAUGUCUCUAUCCAUACCCUGUGCAUCACCCCUGUGACAGACAGAGCCAGGUUGAUUUUGAUAACCCUGAUUAUGAGAAGUUUCCCAAUUUUAAAAAUGUUGUCGGCUAUGAGGCUGUGGUGGGCCCAGGAGAUGUGCUCUACAUCCCGAUGUAUUGGUGGCAUCACAUUGAAUCACUGUUGAACGGGGGAGUGACAAUCACUGUAAACUUCUGGUACAAAGGUGCCCCCACGCCCAAGAGGAUAGAGUACCCCCUGCGAGCUCAUCAGAAGGUGGCCAUCAUGAGAAAUAUCGAGAAGAUGCUGGGAGAAGCACUUGGAGACCCACAUGAGGUUGGACCUUUAUUGAAAUCGAUGAUCAAGGGGCGAUAUGACCAGGAUCAGAGUUAGAGCCGUGCUCCUAAAACUGUUAACUGGACUGCUUUGGAAACUGUUUGCCGUGUUUAAGUGAGACUGCUGCGUGCGUAAUGCAGAUUCUCACUUUGGAGCUAAGUACGUAUCACUGCAUGGCAAUAAGCGGCCAUCUUGAAACCAUUCUGCUUAUGUCGUCUCCGAGUGCCAUGGUCAUUGCAAAUACAUCAAUCACAGAAGAAACAUGUGACUAACUCAUGGGAACUUGUCCCACUUGAAGAAGUUUUUUUUUUUUCUUUUGUUUUUGAAAAGAAGGCCUAAUUUGACUUGAAGGGCCAGUGUGGGGGAUUUAAUAGCAUCUAGCUGUGACAUUGCAGACUGCAACCAACUGAAUACCCUUCCCUUUCUAAGAGAGCCUACAGCGGCCUUCAGGUAACAUAAAAGUGCAAAAGAUCUUUUUUCCCAUUGUCCAAUUGGAUGAUUUGAGAGGCGGCGGGUCUUCUGCUGUAGUCUGCUGUAAGUUUACAGUUGGUAAGCAAUGAAGGAGAAACUGGUGGUAGCGAUACCUAGAGCUAUACGGCCCGAUGAUAGACAGCAGGUUGUCAAACUGCCCCCGAGUCAUCCUAUAAUAUGCCUGGAAACGGCCAUCAUCGAGGAGAAGCUCCUGGACCAACUGGUGGUACUCCCCAUGAUUCACCCUCUUUUUCAGGUUCUCAUGUACCCACACAGAUCUCAGUUACCCUGUGCCCAACAAACUAUUUAAUUAUUAUUUUUUUCACCAGUGGCAUUCAAUUUAAAAAAAAGGCAGUGCGCCUUUGCAACCUGCAAAACGCUUUCUGUGUGAUAAGGGCACAAUAACACCAGCGGAAGAGGAACUGCUCCCUAUGUAGACAUGAAGGGAUCAUUCUAAGCUAACGAAAACACAACGAUUCGUAGUUUCAGGUGAUUAUACACCAUGAAAACAUAUUGGAUUCCAUUUCUGCCAAUUGAUCCCUCUAAAUCCUACACACUGGAUCCUUUAAGUUGAGAUAUAUUUAUGUAAAUCAGUAUUCUCUAUACAUCUUCAUAAUUCAAGUUAAACGUUUUUGAUUGCACUUGCUCCCCCAGUCAGUAGAAGUUGUCUGGGAUCGGUACCUUUAGAGAUAAAACCUCAACGUUUUGACCACUAAUGGAUGAGUCAAGGGUUAUUAUAUAUACAGUAUAUAUCAGCUAAAUACAGGACUUUUCUUAUAUAGAUGUGACAGCAGUUGUGGGAUGAAGUGUGGAGCGAUCAUAUUGUAUUCUCCAUCUUUAUCACAAAGACAGCUUUAAAAGUGAGUUGGUUCAUACCUCUGAAGAUGACAGGUCUUUUAAGUGUUUUUGAAAUAUUUAUCCACAUUAUCUGCAUUAUCUCCACUCCUGCCUAGCGUGGUUUUCAGGGAGUGAUAAGAAGAAGAAUUUUUCUGUUGCAAAGAAGACAGCUAUAGGCACGGUAAUGAAACACAGAAGUACAGUGAUUAAAAACUGUGGUGAAAUAUGAUCAAAAAUGUGUGUGGGUGUGAGAAAGAGAGGCUCAUAUAUUCAGCUGAAGUCAUAUGUAACUGCUUGCGGUUAAACUGUUUUAGCUGAGCGAUGCCGUUUUGUGUUUAUACUCUUGCUUGUUUGAUUUGUUUGACUUUAUUGAAUGUGCUAUUCUGCGUACCGGUAAUAGGUGAGGGGGCUCUUGAAAUAAAUAACUGCAGUUUUAGUCGCAAAUACAGUUAACUUAAAGAAAUGAAAGGAAAUACAUAUAUUAACAGACUGAUUUAGCAGAACCAUCUGCUAGGAUGUAGCUUAUGUAUCAGCCUUUGCAGUGCAACACAAUGCACCAUCUAGUGGUGACGUUGUAUAGUUACCUGCUCCAUGCACUAUACUGCUGCAAUACACAUAUCAAUAUGCAGGUUUGCAGCAGAUCUUGGAUGUAACUACGCUGCAGUGUGUACAAACGUCCAGUUGGAAACCUGUACUUGCUCUUAUGAUUACUGUUGGUUAAUAAUCCUCAGAAAGGACUCAUUUUACUUACAUGCAGCCAUAUUUUGAAGACCUUGAACAACUUGAAAGGUGGCCCUCUCUGGGUGACUUUAAAGUGCUUCCCAGGAGUAUUGUAAAAAUGUAAAUUAAACACAAGGGGGGGGGACAAUUUCAUAUGUAUGUGCCAAAACAAUAUGCAAACCAGUCAAGGGGAAUCUCCACAUUCAGAACGCUUUGUUUGCCUGUGACAUUGGAUCAAUCUGUAAAUGGUGAACUACAAAUUAGGAAUAUCCAAGCACUUAAUUUACCAGGACUAUACAGGCUUUCAGGGGGUUCGACAUUAUUAUGGUUUAACCUUUGAAUUGUUGAUAACUUGCCUAUCUAUUUCUUACAAGUUGCACAAUGAUGGAACAAAGAUGCUUCCUCUGUAAAAAAAUAAUGAACCUGAUGUAAGACUCAUGUUUCAUCUCUUGCUAGGUUAACCCUGUUUACUGUAUGUGCCUUGCUUUACGAUGGCGUGGCACUUAACGUUGCAAGGACAUGAUUUUUUAAUUUUAUGAUUACAAUGUUUGUUUUCACUCGCAUUAAACAGCUUUAAAGGUGGGACUGACAAGGGUUCAUAGAGAUAGAGACAUGUUUUUAUUGAUGGAUGCCUGUCUUUUUUUUGUUUUGAACAUACCAUAUGUGCUCUGCUGGUUACUCUGAUUAAAGUUUGUUUGCAAAGUUCUACA